CUCUCGAACCUCAAAGUUUCCCUCCAAAAUUUUCACUCCAACGAUCCAACGACCCGUGAGUACCUCGUCCACGCUCGACCAUGCUCGCAAGGAAGGAACGAAAAAGUCGUAGAAAGUCGCGCAACAUGUCUGCCGAUAAUGGGAAUUAGAAUCGCGGUAGUAUCGUAUCGUUAUGACCUAUGACCCCUCCGUGUCACGUCCUCUCUCCCUCCUGUAGCAAUGAUUCCUUGUUGAAAAGUAGCCGGUUCCUCGCCUCGUUGUCGCACAACCGUUUCGAGAGCGCGCCAAGCCGCUUUGGCGUUGUUGUCGCUGUUGAACACGCGCGGCGACGCACCAUUUAAUCGUAAUCCGUGCACGAAAGGGCGGCGAAGGGUGGGUGCCGAGAUCGGUGGCGAGAGGAGGUCUGCCCCGAUGGUGGGCCGAGGGAUACGAGUUUAGGAGGACAUUGGCUCGGUGGUUCAGUCGAGAGAAGGAAGGAAGCUGGUCGAAGGAGAGGACGAGGCCGUUAACAAAGAUGAUGGCCCAAUUCACCAAGAGGCAAUGGCUCACGUUGAUCGUCAUCAGCAUCGCCGAUUUCGCGAACGCGAUCUGCGUUUCGCUCCAGGCACCCUUUUACCCUCAGGAGGCUGAGAAGAAAGGAGCAUCGCCAUCCGAGUACGGAUUGGUCUUUGGGAUUUUCGAGUUCAUCGUGUUCAUCAUCAGCCCUCUGUACGGACAAUACCUAAACCGAAUCGGGCCAAAGCUGUUGUUCAACGGCGGUAUCCUGACAACGGGGACCUGCGCCAUCUUCUUCGGCCUGUUGGACAAAGUGAACGGCCAUUAUCCGUUCAUAAUCCUUUCGUUCGUGAUUAGAAUCGUGGAGGCUAUGGGGAACGCGGCGUUUCUCACCGCAAGUUUCGCCAUUAUCGCCAAAGAAUUCCCCGACAACGUCGCCACCACUUUCGCCAGCCUGGAGACCUUUUUCGGUCUGGGCCUGAUCGUUGGCCCAACUGUUAAUAAUUUUUUAAUACAGGUUGGAGGAUACACGACACCCUUCGUCGUCCUGGGAUCAGCUUUAUUCACAACCGCGGUCAUGACCAUCUUCAUCCUACCAGUUCAUUCCAACAGCAAUCAAACUAAUCCCAAUACAGUGGGUGUGAAGAAAGCUUUGAGAAUUCCAGGCGUAUUGAUCGCCACGUCCUCCAUAAUAGCGACCAGUAUGAGCAUAGGAUUUUUGCAAGCAACCCUGGAGCCUCAUUUAAGGCAAUUUGACCUGAGUCCUAUCGUUCUAGGCUUGAUGUUCGUGAUCAACGGCGGCACUUACGCCAUUACCGCCCCCGCAUGGGGGUGGCUCUGUGACAAGCAUUCGCAUCCGAAAGUAGCUACCGUAGCCGGAUGCAUUCUCGUGGUAAUAGGAUUUAUCUUAGUCGGGCCAGCACCUUUUAUACCAUGCCCAACUCUACUCUGGAUGACGAUCUGCGGUUUGGUUGUUCACGGUUUAGGUAUGGCUGCACAACUGGUUGCCAGUUUCACGGAUGCUUUGAGGACGUCGAUACAAUACGGAUUCCCAAAUAAUUUAGAGACCUACGGUCUGAUCAGUGGAUUGUGGACAAGCACGUUUGCGCUCGGAGCCUUCAUCGGGCCCAGCGUGGCAGGAAUUUUAUUGGACAAUAUUGGAUUCAGAAAUGCUACCAUGUUCAUCGUGCUGCUUCACAUGCUAGUGGGCGCAAUGGCAGCUGUGUUCCUGAGCACGUGCACCCUGAGACACAAGCCUUACACAGAGAUCAACGCCACGGCGGAGGAUCCGAGGACACCUUUGACGGACAGUUGCCAAUCGCGAAGCGGAAGCUAUCGCCACCCCUCGGCCAGGGGAGGGCAGGGCGUGCCGAUCGUGGACAGGCCGAGCGGCAUGAACUCCUUGAUCGUUUGCAACAGU